UGAUUGGUAGUUCUCCUUCAACCGGUGGUCAUUCGAGUACCAAGCCGUCCGCGAUGAGUGUUUGCGCCGAUACGCAUUACCAAGUGAGACAGUGGCUCGAUGAAGCACUCCAACAGGAAAAUUUUAAGGACUUGGAAGUGGACAUUAGAGGCACGUCGGAAAAAGGCGAUGGCUACCUCGGCGAUAUCAUCUUCGCUCACGUUUUGGCCACUAGAUCCAACGACCAAACGGAAGAGUUUAAUUUCGUGGUCAAAAUCGGCAAGGACGGCAAAGAGUUGCGGGCGAAAUUCCCAGUGCGAAUGACGUUCGAGCGUGAGACUUUCAUGUACAGUACUGUGAUUCCUGCAUUCCAGAAAUUUUUACUCGCCAGAGGUUGCAAACCCUUAAAUUACGUGGCUAAAUGUUUCGGAAAUUUAAUGCUUGAAGAUAGGGAGGUAAUAAUAUUUCAAAAUUUAAAGAAAUUGGGAUACGAGCUUCAUGAUAGGAAAACCGCUUUCAAUCUCAAUCACUUGACCCGAACCUUGGAGGCGUAUGGUCGGUUUCACGCGCUGUCGUUUGCCAUGAGGGACCAGGAUCCCAAACAGUACGAGAAACUGUCUGGAAGCAUGGAAUGCGUAUGGACAGCAUUCCACAAAUCGGAAGAUGGGAGAGCUCUCCUUCGAAAUUCCAAAGACCCGCUGGUGAAGAUAUUAGUGGAACAUAAUGAGACGGGGCUUUUGGAAAAAUACAAUCGUCUAAUGAAGGACGGAAUCAACAACGUCUGGCAAAACGCGCUUGAUGCCUCAGAAGAAUAUUCUGUUAUCUGUCACGGUGACUGCUGGAACAACAAUUUCAUGUUUACAUAUGAGGCUGAAGAUACACUAAAGCAAGAUCCUUUGAAGGUGGCGAUGUUGGAUUUUCAAAUGGCGAGAGUGGCAAGCCCGGUAUUCGAUCUCUCUUACCACAUCUACAUGGUGUCGUCGGAGGAACUACUUAAAGACUUUCCGAAAAUAUUGAAGAUUUAUCACGACUCCCUGAGCAACGAAAUUAGGCAAUUGGGCAGCGAUCCUGAUAAGCUGUUUCCGUUUUCCACGCUUCUGGAUCAAUGGAGGAAGCACUGCGUAUUCGGUUUGAUUAUCAGUGGAAACGUUCUACCUCUUACCUUUACUGAGAAAGAAGAUACGAUCAGUGUCGAAGAUAUGGGUGAAAACACUAUAGCCGAUUCCGUCAACCGAAUUAAAGGACCAGUUAGGGCGAAUUUGGAAAAAAGGAUUAUAGCGUUUUUUAAGAAUGCUUUGGAUUUUUUAGUUUAGGUUUAGGCUUUUGUUUAUUAGGUAAUGUAAAAUAAUUAUUGCAUCAAUAAUUUCGUAUAAAGAAUUUGAAAUUCUUAUUUUUCAGUUAAUUGGAAAAUAAGGGGCAAUACAUGUAUAUAAUAAUAUAUAUUAGUGUAACUAAACAUUAAUGGAACUUACAGGUAAACCGAAUGCAAGUGAUUAUAUGUAUAGCACCUUCUCAGGAAAAUGCUUCAAAUUGUGACGGAAACUAAAAUUACAGUUUUAGCAGCUAUUAGAAAUAAGUACAUCUGUGACUGCUACAAGCAAGUGAAAACUUAGACCAGAUAUAUAAGAAAAUUAUUAACAUAAAAUAAGAAGGAUUUUAAAAAUUAUGUAAUGCUAACAUGACAGCAGAUAAUUUGUAUAUAAGCUUAUAAGCAUAUAAUUUUCCAAAUGUUUAGUGGUGAUCCUAGGAUCCAAAACCGCCAACUUAUGAUUAGAAAUCCUGAUUAGAUUUUUUUUUCAGAAUUCGUCAGCGAAUGAUGUAAUUUGUAAAUUAGGUUCUUUAUAUUAAUUAAAAAUGGAGCGUUAUUUAUUAUUUCAGUAU